UAGAUGGGCUUGCAUGAAUAAUAACCGCCCUUCCAACUUCCUCUGUUAGACUUGAGUCUCUAUUUUGAGUUCCUAUGUGAAAGCAGAAGGCUGUGAAAUGAGGCCCAUUUUGUUAAUAUCAGAGAAUAAGUCUGUGUGAGCGUUUGGGUUAAAGGAGCUCUGAACGGCUGAAUGGAUUCCAGAAACCAGGAGGAAGAAGCUGCGAGGGAAACACCUGCAGAUGCAGGACGCCGUCAUACAUGUAACAUGACUCCUGGUGUGAUUGUGACUAUUUCAACUGCAGUGUUGGUCACAGGAUUUCUGUUGUGUUUGAUGACAUUUGUGAGGUGGACAGCAGCACCAGAGGAUCACCUCGUCUACAGAACUAAAGUGACACAGCUGAUGCGUCAACUGCAGCAGUGCCAAAAGGAGCGCCAUGAUCUGACUCUGAUGCUCCGCGCUGCCACUCAGGACCCCAGGUGCAGUCUGUGUCCCGAUGGCUGGCUGUGGUGGAGGGGUCACUGCUACUUCUUCUCAGUGGGACUGCAGGAGAACCUCCAGUGGAACGGGAGCGCAGAGUUCUGCUGGGAACACGACAGCAGCCUCGCUGUUAUCAAAGACUCAGCAGAGAUGGAGUUUAUCCAAGGUGUGAUGAAGUCGUUCCCUAAGUUUCCCUUUCUGUGGGUUGGACUGACGGACUCCCAGCAGGAGGGUCACUGGCUGUGGUCGGAUGGGACAAACAUCCAGGAUUACAUGUCCUUUAUUUGGAACGGGGGUUCUAAAUUCCCUGAUGAGGCUUGAGAUUUCGAGGCAGGGGGCCGACAAUGCUGCAUGUCAUUCCCCACUCUCUCUUCCCAUUUCAUUUUCCCACCCCACUGUCCUAUCCUCUUAAUAAAGGCAUACAAGCCCAAAUGUUUUGAUAUUGGCGCCCCCUGUGGCCUAAGCAGUACCUCCUAACUCUUUGCUGUUCUUGUCCUGUACAUGUGUAAAUCUCAUUUAGCAUCCUUUUAAAAAAACUAAAAAAAGAACUACAAAACAAAAAACUACUCACAGGAGAUUUAAAAAAGAAAGAAAUGAGAAGUAGGAUAAACAUUUUAAGAAAGAUAAAGGAAACUUAACACCUUGAUAAUAGUUACCUGAUUACAAAAAUACAAAAAUACAACACAACAAUAUUCAGCUCUUAUUUUAAACACCAUCUGAUGAACUUGAUUAUUAAACCACAAACAUCAUAAAACGUUCAUUCAUUUUGCUUUUAUUUUCAAGACAUAACACACAUAUACAGACAUUUUAUACAUGGACAAACACAAAACUACAACUUUAAAUGAAAAAACUAUAAUUUCUAAAUGUCUAAAGAUUCAGCAUCAACAAUUUGAAUAUCUCAACAGAUGUCUUUGGAUGCAUAUGUCAUGUUGUGUUUGUUGUGGGGUUUUUUUAGGCUGACUGUGGAGUGGGACUCUGAUCACAGGGACUGUGCAGACCUGAGAGGAGGUGGGAGUCUCUUUGCUGCCAGCUGUGAGGCGUAUGGAUCCUGGAUUUGUAAGAAAGUCUCCUGA